CCACCGGCCGCCGUAGCCGGAAUUCCUGCUGAGCGCGGCUGGCCGUGUCUGCGGGAGGCUGAGUGGUUGCGGCACCGGCACCGGCAGCCCAAUCAACCGCACCCCGGCCACGGAGGGAACGUGCCCGGGCGACGAGCGUUGCUUGGCGACUGUAUCCGAGGCGGGAGCACCAUACCGGCGUCGCGGCCUCGCUGCAGCCAGCGCUCGGGGCCCGGGGCUGCCCAGCCCCGCCGGAUCUGCGGGCGCCCGGGAGGCCCCCGAGGGGUCCGGGAAGCCAGGCUGCUGCGAGGCAUUGAUGAAAAAGGAUGACAGUGAAGUUGGGAGACGGCGGCGGCGGGGAGGAAGGGCUCAAGAGGCUGGGCAAGAGGGCAGCCGAUGAGGACGCACUGGAGGGAGAGGGGGCCGGCGGCGGGGACGCGGCGGAGGACAGCGGUGGCACAAAGAGGGACGGCAAGACCCCCCGGGGCGGUGGCGGCGGCCCCUCGGCCCCCGCGGGCGGCCCGCAGGCCCCGUCCCCGCCGCCUGCCUGCCCCCAGGACCAGCACCACUUCCUCCGGUCCAGCGUGAGGCCGCAGAGCAAGAGGCUCAGGAAGGACUCGUCGUGCGCCGGGGGGAGCAGCAGCGCCGGCAGCUCCGGGCCUCGCGGAAAAGGAACCGACGGUGGUGGAUCAUCGUCCGGAAAUGGGUCUGGGGUUGCCCCCGCUGCCCCUGCAGGGGGCUCGCGCUCCUCCUCCCGGAACUUAGGGUCUUCUGGCGGUGAGAAGGAAGAAGGUAAAAAGGUCCGGCGGCAGUGGGAGUCAUGGAGCACAGAGGACAAGAACACUUUCUUUGAGGGGCUGUAUGAGCAUGGGAAGGACUUUGAAGCGAUCCAGAACAACAUCGCCCUCAAGUACAAGAAGAAAGGCAAGCCCGCCAGCAUGGUGAAGAACAAGGAGCAGGUGCGACACUUCUACUACCGCACGUGGCACAAGAUCACCAAGUACAUCGACUUUGACAAUGUGUUCUCGCGUGGGCUGAAGAAGUCCUCCCAGGAGCUCUAUGGCCUUAUCUGCUACGGCGAGCUGCGCAAGAAGAUUGGAGGCUGUAUGGACGACAAGAAUGCCACGAAGUUGAAUGAGCUCAUUCAGGUUGGGGCCACCACAGUACGUUACAAAGGGAGAAACCUGCGGAUCAAAGCCCCCAUGUGCCGAGCCCUGAAGAAGCUCUGUGACCCAGACGGCGUGAGUGACGAAGAGGACCAGAAGCCAGUGCGCCUGCCCCUGAGAGUCCCCGUGGAGCUCCAGCCACGGAACAACCACGCCUGGGCUCGCGUGCAGAGCCUUGCCCAGAACCCCAGGCUCAGAAUGAUCGUGGAGCUCCAUCGGAAGGUCUCCAGCCUCAUCGAGUUCUUGAAACAGAAGUGGGCACUCCAUGAAGUGCGAAUCCGAAAGACACUUGCGGAGCGGCAGCUGCAGGACUCGUUUGUGGAGCCGUCACAGGAGAAGAUGGCGCUGCACCUGUUUCCGGGAGAGAACUGCACACUGACCCCGCUUCCAGGCGUGGCCCGUGUGGUACACUCCAAGGCCUUCUGCACGGUGCAUUGGCAGGAGGGCGGCCGGUGUAAACAGAGCGCCAAGGACACCCACACACUGCCUCCAGCCCAGAUCCUGGGCAUCCAGAGUGGGCAGGGCACGGCCAGGGGCCAGGUGAAGUGCCCAAGGGGCGGCUCCGAGGGCAAGGCUGGGGGGCGGCCCCCUCCCUCCACCGAUGCUUCGCAGAGCUCCGGAGAGAGUUCCCCUGAAAGUGCCCCUGGGGAGGGGGCCGCCCCAAGCCUCAGCAGCCCAGACGCUCCCGACAGGCUCCCUCCCGGGCUCCAGGACACUGGGGGACAGCUUGAAAAGACCCCUACGGCCACUCCUGCAGAAGGUGGGGAAGGCCCUGCCCAAGAGCCCGGGGCCAUGAUGUGUGCCUGUGGCCAGCUCCCGGACCUGGAGGAUGAGCUGUCACUCCUGGAUCCCUUCCCCCGCUACAUGAAGUCCUGUCAAGACCUCAUCAUCCCCGAGCCAUGCCGCAGCGCAGACUCUCGUCCCCUGGCAUGUGCCUCCCCUGAGAUUCGUGCCCCCAGCAGCGCAGAGGCAGCCGACCUUACCCAGGCCAGGGCACCAUCCCCCGUCCGCGGCCUGCCUGGCCCAGACCCUCAGCCCAGUCCAGGUCUCCAGCCAGAUGUUUGCACUAAAGACUCAGCAGACGCUCCCGCAGAGGAGCCCCAGGAGAAGGUGAGCCCUUCGGACCCCCCGCCGCCUCAGGGACAGCCUGCCGCCAAGCCCCCGAAGGAUGUUCCCACCAGCCGGCUAGCCCAGCAGCUCCGCGAGGAGGGCUGGAACCUGCAGACCUCCGAGAGCCUGACACUGGCCGAAGUCUACCUCAUGAUGGGCAAGCCAAGCAAGCUGCAGCUGGAGUACGAUUGGCUGGCUGUGCUGGGCCCCGAGGGCCAGGCCCCCGGCAGCUCCCCGCCCGCUGCCUUCCACAAGCAGCGCCUCCUCAGCUGCCUCCUGAAGCUCAUCUCCACAGAAGUCAACCCUAGGCUGGGCUAUGAGGAGCGCUGGUCAGGGCUCUGGCUCCCUGCCAGAUACCGCUGGGUGAAUGUCGCUGUGUUCACUCUCCCUUCUCCUUUUCAAGGUUUGAGAAACUCUCCAAGACCCCUCUUGGUGGCCGGUCCCUCCAAUACAGGAAGUAGCGACUCAGAUGGUGGCCUUUUUGCCGUCCCAACAACUUUGCCACCCAACAGCCGACACGGGAAGCUCUUCUCUCCCAAUAAAGAGACGGAAUUGACUUUCCUUCAGCACCUGAACUCCAUCAGCAUGCAGUCGGAUUUCUUCUUGCCAAAGCCCCGGAAGCUGCAGAACCGUCACCUGCGGAAGCCACUGGUGGUCCAGAGAACCCUGCUUCCUAGACCAUCUGAGAACCAGUCCCACAAUGUCUGCUCCUUCUCCAUCCUGUCCAAUUCCUCCAUAACUGGGAGAGGCUCGUUCCGGCCCAUCCAGUCCUCCCUGACCAAAGCGGCUCUGUCUCGGCCGAUCAUGCCCAAGGUCCUUCCGCCCCAGGCCACGGGCCACCUGGCCAGUGCUGUUGACUUAGCAGCUACGAGUGCUGGCAUCAUCCCUGAGAGCCCUCUCCCUGUCUUGGACACCGAUGGCUUGUCUGGCAUCUCGCCACUGUGUUCAGAUGAAGCAACAGCUGCCCUCUCGGGUCAGGAUUCCACUGGCGCCCACCAGAAUGGAGACCCCAUCCCCACCGUGGGGGGCACAAGCGACCCAUUCAUCAGUGUCCCCUCCAGGCCUGAGCAGGAGCCAGUGACGGACAGUUUCCAGGGUUCACCUGUCCUCUCCUUAUCUGAGCUGUCCAAGGCUCCUCUCCACAAUGGGCUCUCCACCCCACUGCCCUCGGUAGAGAGCGCCAGCACCCGGCUCUCUCCACCUAACGUCUCUGCUCUGCUGGACAUCUCCCUGCCCGGCCCACCCGAGGACGUGCUCUCGCAGGGGGAGCCUGCCACGCACAUCAGUGACUCCAUCAUUGAGAUCGCCAUCAGCUCUGGCCAGUACGGUGAAGGAGUCCCUCUUUCUCCAGCAAAACUGAACGGCAGUGACAGUUCCAAGAGCCUUCCCUCCCCAUCCAGCAGCCCCCAACCCGACUGGAUCGCCUCCCCGACCCACGACCCCCAGUGGUGCCCCAGUGACCCCACGGACUCAUCGCUCAGCAGCUUGUUUGCAAGUUUCAUCUCCUCGGAGAAGGGCCGGAAGAUGCUGCCGACUCCGGUCGGGACCCACAGCGGCACCUCCUUGCUGGGCCCCAGCCUGCUGGACGGAAACUCGAGAGACUCGUUUGUAUCCAGGUCCCUGGCCGAUGUAGCAGAGGUCGUGGAUUCCCAGCUGGUGUGCAUGAUGAAUGAAAACAGCGUCGAUUACAUAUCUCGGUUCAAUGAUUUGGCCCAAGAGUUGUCCAUCACCGAGCCCAGUCGCCGAGAGGCUCUGUUUGAUGGCAGUGGAGGUGGCCCCCCUGUCACUGACCUAUCCCAGUGACCGCACCUCGUGGCUGGGACAUCCUGGAGGCUACAGAGGAGGACUUACAGGGCUGGUGGGCCUCAGCUGUCUGUGGUAGGUGUAACCCUCUUCAGACAAGAGGAAACAAACCAAGCCCAGGACCCCCAGGAGACAGUCUGAAUAGACACCUCUGCACUCCAGAACGUACAGCAUGCUGGAAGCCAUUUCCCAACAGGCAGAGGGCAGUGGUGGCCUGGGAGAUAAGGACGAUUUCUGGAAGGGCCAACAUCAGAAAUCGCUGUGGCCUUGGAGCAGUUCUUCGCCAGUCAUAGGGUCUCAAGUUAGGGACUUUGUAGUGACCACAUUUCCAUCCACACUUCGGCGUUGGUUGCGGUGUUGGGUGGUCCAGUGGGUUUUCUUCCUGAGAGAAAGGAAUGGGUGUGCCCUGGCAUAGUCAUUGCUUCCUGGGUAGUUGUAACCUCCCAGCUCUCUGCAGGGAGUGCCCAGGCCACGGCUGCUUUCUUUCUGCCAAACCGGUGCCACACUGGUUACUUCUCUGCAGAGUGAUGAAGGAGGUGGGACAGCCAGCUGGGCCGGGCUGGGCUCUGCCUGGUGGUGUCUGCACCUGAGACAGUAGACACUGAUCACUUGGCAGCAGAAGGGUCCCAGGGCAGCGUCACUGGUGCCAUCACCCCAGGAGUACCGAUCCUUGCCUAGUGCUUCCCCAUCUAGACUUAAUGUUUGUUUGACCAGCUGAACAGGAAGGGGAAAGAACCAUGUCUUAUGCAGGUUGUGUGGACUUUUAGAAAAAAUCCUGCUAUGCUGGUGGCAGAAUGUUUUUCUUGUGUUUUAAGAAUUAGGAGACAAUGAAGAGGAAGAACAGAGUUUAGUUGGUUUCCUUCCUGUAUCCAUCUGCAAGUUUCUUGUAGAUGAUCUAUGAUGUUACUUCUCUCUAUUGGGAAGACCUCUAAGCACUCGUUUGACUACAGUUAAGACUUUUCCUGAUGAGUCCUUGAACUUCUGAUGUGUUACUGUUUAGCAUCUGAGACAAAUGGACGUGGCAGGGAUGGUUCUCUCCUUCAGUCUCCUCUUCCUUUCAAUGGUCUUGGAGCAGAGCACGUCACGAUGCAUGAGUUUAAUCCAUUGCAUCUUCUUUUGCCCCAUGGUCUCCUAUUUUUCUUCCUGUUCAAGGAAUGCAGGGAAGGGUCAGACGUCCAGGCAUAGUCAGAGCACAAACCACAUUUGUGAGCCUCCCUGGGUGACCAGUAGUCACCACUACAGAUGGUCCAGACUCAUGUGCCUGUUCAGCCUUGGGAGACUCAACAUAUAAUACACCGUCCAGCCACAUCCAUGUGGCCAGGAGCCAGUGCCCUGGUGUUGGGCCAGUCAUGCCCAUGCCACCAUCCCACCUGCUGCAUCACCCUCCCCCGGCAGACAGGAUCACCCACCUGAACCGGCGACGAUUUCUGCUGCUCACCUUUCCUCUUCCCCCACUGGCCAUGGAAUGGCAGCCCUCGAGGCCGGUCCUGGCCCUCUACAUGGGCUUCUCUCCCUGUCCCCGUGUGAAAAGGGGAGAAAGGCCUUUCUCAUGUGCAAGAAGAGUGGACGCUCUUGAUCCCAUAGCCUCACCAGUCAUUUGCAGCCACUCUAGGCUGCAAACAGGGUCAUUCACUCCGAGCCACGAGGAAGCAGAGGAUAGCUGGUUUCCAAGCAAUAGCUUCCUUCCUUUGUCUCGUGAGCUCUUGCCUCCAAGGUGGAUUUCUUCUUUCAGAUCUGGUUCUAGGCACAAGCAACAUUAAGAAAAGCCUUCUGGGCUCAUAAGAAAAUUCCCAAAGCUGUGGAAAUACGAAAGAAAGGGACAUGGUGCCACUUUAUAAAGAGAUGUAGGCAGCAUUGUUUGAACCAGAGUAUCUUUAAGCUAGCUUGUGUUUUGUGAGCAGUAUAUCAGCUUCCUGAAAUUAGCACCUUAUUGGGCUGAACAAGAUCAGGUCUCUCUCUGCUUCUCGCUGGGCAUCUGACUUUGUUAGGUCUGCAGUAGGUUAGGAGACCAGGCCAAGUUUAGGCCACGACUAGCUUUCUCAUACCCCCCCCACUGUCUGGGACCAGAGAUGCCAAGUAACAUUACAGCACCAGUGCUGGGUGUGACGCCCACUGGCAUUGUGUACCGUGCCAGAAACUGUAAGGCUUCUGAGCUGCUUGUCCAUCGGGACACCCUGAGACAGUCUCGUGGGUAGGUUGGCACCUGUUACCCAAUGACAUCUCAAAGGAGGAAGACUCCAGAGAUUCAGAUCAGCUCUUAUGGGCUAUUUAGCAGCACCUCCUGCCAUAAACUGGCAUAAACUCCAUUAGGGAGCAGCCGACUGGCCAGUGUCUUCCACUGGGAAAAUGGGUGAGGGAGGAGAAUGGACUGACUUCUCACCUGUAAUAAAGCUCACAUAAUUCCAGAGAAUUCUGCUUCUCUAGCAACCAGACGCCCAAUAUAAGUGUUUGCUUGCCAUAUUAAGGAAAAUGGUGUCAUUUGUAGCAUUCAAACGAUGGAUGCGUUUUUUUCCCCAGCCUAAGUGAAUAUAUAUGUAUAAAAAUAAGCAACUGUUACAGGCUGGAAUUUUCAAAAGAUACCAGCAGAGAAGCCUCCCACCUCCUGCAUCUUCCUCUGCCUGCCAGCAGAAGUUGUAUCUCACUACGCACCUGUGGCUUCCUUUGUGCAUUUGAUGAGCAUGUUGUAAUU